CCGGUGUUGCUGGGCGCUGCCGCGUUUCCGUCAUGGACUACCGGCGGCUGUUGAUGAGCCGGGUGGUCCCGGGGCAGUUCGACGAUGCGGAGUCCUCUGACAGUGAAAAAGAGGAAGAUGGUGUUCCACUUGAAGACCUUCAAAAUAAGGGUGAAGAUGAGACAGAAGAGGAGGAGGAGGAGGAGGAUUAUGACGACGAUGAUGACUGGGACUGGAACGAUAGAGUUGGGAAACUCACAAAGUGUUAUGCGUCCAAUAGAGGGAAUAACCCACAGGCAAAUCGACAGACUUCUAACUACAGUUCUGCCAAAAUGUCUACUCCAGCAGACAAGGUCUUACGAAAAUUUGAGAAUAAAAUUAAUCUGGAUAAACUAAAUGUUACUGAUUCUGUCAUAAAUAAAGUCACUGAAAAGUCUAGACAAAAGGAAGCAGAUAUGUAUCGCCUCAAAGAUAAGGCAGACAGAGCAACUGUAGAACAGGUGCUGGACCCCAGAACGCGAAUGAUUUUAUUCAAGAUGUUGACUAGAGGCAUCAUAUCAGAGAUAAAUGGCUGUAUCAGCACAGGAAAAGAAGCUAAUGUAUACCAUGCUAGCACAACAAAUGGAGAGAACAGAGCAAUCAAAAUUUAUAAAACUUCUAUUUUGGUGUUCAAAGAUCGGGAUAAGUAUGUUAGUGGGGAAUUCAGGUUUCGUCAUGGCUAUUGUAAAGGAAACCCCAGAAAAAUGGUGAAAACUUGGGCAGAAAAAGAAAUGAGGAACUUAAUCAGGCUAAACACAGCAGAGGUGCCAUGCCCAGAACCUAUAAUGCUAAGAAGUCAUGUUCUUCUCAUGGGUUUCAUUGGAAAAGACGACAUGCCUGCGCCACUCUUGAAAAAUGUCCAGUUAUCAGAAUCCAAGGCUCGGGAGUUGUACCUGCAGGUCAUCCAAUACAUGAGAAGAAUGUACCAGGAUGCCCGGCUGGUCCACGCGGAUCUCAGUGAAUUUAACAUGCUGUACCACAAUGGAGAGGUGUACAUCAUUGAUGUUUCACAGUCCGUGGAGCACGACCACCCACAUGCCUUGGAAUUCUUGAGAAAAGACUGUGCCAAUGUCAAUGAGUUUUUUUUGAAGCACAGUGUUGCUGUGAUGACCGUGCGGGAGCUGUUUGAAUUUGUCACAGAUCCAUCAGUUACACAUGAGAACAUGGACGCUUAUCUCUCAAAGGCCAUGGAAAUAGCAUCUCAAAGGACCAGCGAAGAAAGGUCCAGCCAAGACCACGUGGAUGAAGAAGUGUUUAAGCGAGCAUAUAUUCCUAGAACCUUGAAUGAAGUGAAAAAUUACGAGAGGGAUCUGGAUAUAAUGAUGAAGUUGAAGGAAGAGGACAUGGCCAUGAAUGCCCAACAAGACAAUAUUCUAUACCAAACUGUAACAGGACUGAAGAAAGAUUUGUCAGGAGUUCAGAAGGUCCCUGCACUCCUAGAAAAUCAAGUGAAGGACACGACUUGUUCAGAUUCAGAAGAUGCUAGAAGCUCUGAGUGUUCUGAUGCAGACUCUGAAGAGCAGGGAGACCAUGCCCACUCCAAGACGCAUACCGCUGACCCUGAACUUGAUAAAAAGGAGAGGAAAAAGAUGGUCAAGGAAGCCCAGAGAGAGAAAAGAAAAAACAAAAUCCCUAAACACGUGAAAAAAAGAAAGGAGAAGACAGCCAAGAUGAAGAAAGGCAAAUAAAACCAGAACUGUAUUGUAUACAGCCAUUUCCCAGCAGUUACUCUUCUUACGUGGACCUCUGAGCUGCAUCUGGAAGACUGGUUAUUGAUUUUAACCAAAUUGUCUCUGAAGACUGAUUCAAGCAUUUUUAUGUAAUUAUGUAAAAAGCUUUAAGCUCUUUUGCCUAGGUCCCAUCAGUGGCUCUGUCUGGUAUUGAUGGAGCAUUUAUUUAAGCUACUAUUUUAAUGAAGAACUUUAUACAUUUUUUAUUUUUAUAUGUUUUUUCUCCUACAAAUACGUCUUACGAAGCAUCAUAAACAUUUAAAUGUAGUGAUCAUCCAUAAGGUUUAUAUAAGUGUAAAGGCACUUCGGACAAACUUAGGAAAAUUGGUUUUGUUUUGUUUGUACAUGCCAAAGACCCAUCUGAAAUUCUCUGAUUUUUAAGACUACGGUUUAUAUGACAGGGAGCUUCGCUUAGAGAAGAAUUCCGUUGGCUGUAGAUGGACCCGUUUAUGCAGCUCUGCUCUUGUGUGCAUUGAUGACCAUUUGUAAUACACUUGCCCUUCAUCUUAAUAUGCUUUUUUGAGCUAGGACUUCCCAGCUCAUAAGCUGUUUCUCAUUCCUGUGGUUUUUUAGAACUAUUUGGCAUGUUCAUUGAUGCAUCACGUAUUUGAAUGUUUUAAGUGCCGGGGAUACAACAGUGAAAAAAAAAAUACAAAUCACUACCUUCAGGUGGCUUACAUUUUAGUGAAGAGACACAUAUUUAGACGUAAAUAAACAAUGUGUCAGCAGGUGAUAAAUUCUGUGGAGAGAAAUAAUGCAGAGAAGAGAGAAUGCCUGGGGAGAUGAGGGUUUGCGAAGAGCCACACUGAGGUGCUGUUGGAGCAAAUGCUUGAAGAACGUGAGCUAUGUGCAUUUUAGGAGGAAAGAGCAUUCCAGGCUGAGUAAACAGCAAGUACAAAGGCCCUGAGGCAGCAGUGAGUCUGACAUGUUCUAGAAAUGGGACUUUAGCAACCUAAUCCAGGGAAGAAGUAGGAGAAGAGAUGGGAUAGUGCAGGGCCUUCUGGUCUUUGAGUGAGCUGGGAAGGUGUUGGAGGGUUUGGAGCAGAGGAGUGAUAUGACCUGACUUCUGUCUGGCCUCUGGAGAACUGACUAGGAAGCAAGACUGGAAAACCAGUUAGGUGUUUGUGGUAAUCCAAUUGAGUGACGAUGGUGGCCUGGUCUUGGAUGCCAGCAGUGGCAUUGGAAAGAAGGGGAUGAAUUUAGACACAACCCAAAGGUGGAGAAUGUAGAUAAUGCUAAGGGAAUCUGUGAGGAUUGAGAAGAGAGAAGGGUGACUUCAAGGUUUGUGACCUAAGCAGCUGAAGGAUGGGGUUGCAACUGUCAUGGGAAGAAAUGCAGCUGGGGCAGGUUUGGGGUAGGAAGGUGAGAUAAAAUAUGGCAACUAAGCACAAAUGUUAAAAGUUUUUUUUUCUACCAUAUACUUUAUACUAGAAAUAGUUAUUUUAGCCAUUGCAUUCAGAAAUGAUUUCUAUAAAUAAGUCAUUAGUUUCCACCUAAGCUGAAGUUUGGAUAUGCUUGAGAGUUGGUGGGCAUUGGGAGGAAUCAACUGAGCUUUUAAGAUGAUACGUCAGAUUUCAUUUUGUUUAUAUCCUUCUUCCUCCCCGACUUCAAAAAAGGUAAAGUAAGAAAUGUAAUUUCAAUGAAGAUUAAAGUAGCCCCUUCAAAAUAUUUUGUAACUAACAAAAAGCAAAAAUAGGCUUAGCAAUUAUGUAGAAAUUAGGGAUUUGGUAUUUGUUUUGGUCUUACUGACAUGGGGUGGGUCAAGCUCCUCAGAACUACCUUUUGGUGAAUCUAAUGCAAUUUCUAAGUUUGGAAUCAGUUACACCUGGGCAAAAUGAGCGUCACCUCGACCAGGGACAGUUCAUUUUCUUACACUGCUACAGGCACAGUGGCUUGUAAAGCAUCGAGGUUUGGGGCUGUAGGAUUUUAAUCUGAGAAUGUUCUGAGACUACUUGCUGAUGUGGCUGCUUUCCUAUUUGGAUCACUGUUUGGGGGAAGAAGCCCGUUAGGCAAGUGUGCAGGCUGCUUGCUGACCUUGGUUGCUAAUUAAAUUUGAUCACUUGACAUAUUCGUGUUAAUUGAUUAUUGGCUCCACAGUUAUUUUCCAUUAGGAGAGAGGAAGGUUUUGGUCUCUUGGCCCAAAGCCAGGGACAUAAUUUUGUCAUUUGUAAAUGUAUCUGAUUUUCUAUCGUAUUUUGUUAAUUUUCCGAUCCCUCCAAAUAACAUAGAUGUUUCUAAAAGUUUCUUGAAGUUGACUGUAAGAAAUCUGGAUACUUCAGUUGGAAGCAGAAAAUCACAGCUACUUCCUGUGCUGCUGUAGUUCUUACUCUUCCUUUGAUGAAGCGGUUUAGGGACAGAACUUUUGUCAGCUCAAGGAGAAGCCCAGAAGUUCCUUCCAGCAUUUGAAGAGGCAGGACCUGUGGCAGCUUUUUGCCUAAGUCUGAUCAAAUAUUCAUCCAUGAUUCAUGACUGACAUCAAGUUUUCUUCAGCUUUAUAUGUGACUGACUUUAUGGAGCUGAACUCAAGAUGUUGAAAAACUUUAUAUAAAGUUUGAUACUAAGUUGUUUGAGAAGAUACCUGCUUUUCAUGAGUAUUCUAUUUAAUUCAGUGCAAAUAGAUUGCCGAUUCUUGGCAGUGGGCCUAUCCUGCUUUGUGGCUGCGAUUUCAUUAACCUUUUGGCUUAGAAAAUGAAAAACCAAAAAAAAAAAAAAAAACCAAA